UUAGCAUCGGCAAAGGACAAACAUCCACCUGCUCCUCACUAUGAUUUAGCUGUACGUGUUAUGGGCUGUGUUUGACAUUACUGCCACAUAUGGUGUGUAUUUGACGUAGGAGCCUUAUCUCCCCGCGGUGCUGAGGACGUGGUAUGGCGCUGAGCAGCCGGAGACAGAGGCAGAUGCCGUUUAGCUGCGUAAACAAUAUGGCUGUGGUUCAGCAUCACCGACUGGUCGCGUCUGUUGUUUUACUGUUAUGUGCGGUGCGAGGUAUCCACACCCGCUCUUCGCAAAUAUCAGACUUAAAAUCCAAAAUAUCAGGGGUUGAGGAGCUGUUGGAGGAAUUCCGCAAGCAGCUCCAGCAAGACCAGCUGUAUCCGAGGGAAGGCGAUGUGACCGACGUCUGCCUCGGCGACUUCAACGCCGUCGGGGAGCACAUCAUACGGGCCAGGGCCUCCAUCGAGCAGGGGGCCACUUUCCUGUCGGCUCCCGGCAGGGUGUACAGCUGGAAGGACUGCCUGCACGCCUGCUGCUCCGAGCCUCACUGCACCGUGGCAGUGGUCCAGGAAGACCUCAGGCAGCCCGGGGACAGCCUCAGCUGCUAUUUAUUCAACUGCACCUACAGAAAUAAAAACGUGUGCUCCUUCGCCCCGCAGCAAGGGUUCAGCACCUACAGCCGGACUCCCAACACCACGGGACACCUCCCCGUUGCCUCCGGCAGCCACGGAGACAAAGGACAGAGGGGGAGCUCCACCAGGAGACCCGAGGAGAGUCUCGCUGACGAUGAUACCCAAGAGCUGGAUGAGCCUCCACGCAGUGAUGCUGGUCAGGAUGUGGUGAUCCAGCUGCCCACAGACUGGGCUGUGUUAGACGGCCGGGACAGUGUGGACGACCAUGGCAUCAGUCGCUACGAAUGGGCUCUUAUUAAGGGGGACACAGCCAUCAACAUGAAGGUGACCCAUCCAGGCCUGCUGAAGGUCAGCGGUCUCCAGCAGGGCGUCUACACCUUCCAGAUGACCAUCACUGACACAGCAGGCCAGAAGAGCUCCGACAACGUCUCCAUCACUGUGCUGGCACCACAGCACCAAGCAGCAGUUUGCACAGGCCACUGCUCCCGCUACCAGUUCAUGUGUGAUGACGGCUGCUGUAUUGAUAUCACCUACGCCUGCGAUGGGAAGCAGCAGUGCCCAGACCGCUCAGACGAGGCCUUCUGCCAGAACUUUGAUAGCAGCAGGAAGUCAGUGACUCAUCCUGCUGGUGUGCCCGGUAAUCAUAACGCUGUGGCCCAGACAGAAGAGGCUGGGGACAGCUCCAUGCUCCAGGACGGUCCCAGGAAGACCCUGGAGAGUAUCGUACCACCACCUGCUCAACCUCAGGACAGGACCAAAGUCGCACUUCUACCACCUGUUCAUCCUCAAAGUCCCAGUCAACAGGAGGGCCCAGUCAGCCAAGAUCCGUGUGCUGCAGCUCCAGUGGUAGGACCCUGUAAAGGUACCUUCCCCAGGUGGUACUACGACCGAGAGGCGGGAGAAUGCAAACACUUCCUGUACGGUGGUUGUCAGGGCAACCAUAACAACUUCCUCCAGGAAGCUGAUUGUGUCAGUGAAUGUAUACAAAAAAGUCCUGUUUUCAAACCAGCAACCGCAGCUCCACCCAUCACCAAACAGACUGAGCUAGCUGCCCCUAAAGCGCCUGUGUCCCAGAGCCAGCCAGAGAAUGAGAUCCCCAUAUCCAAACCAUUUCCAGUAAUGGGAGGACAUCCAGUGCCUGAGUCAGGUGCAAUCCUUCCACUGGCACUUGGCCUCAUCAUUACCGCUCUGCUGCUGCUCAUGAUUGGCUGUCGUCUCAGGCUUGUUCGCCACAAGCUAAAGAAGGCCCGUCCCCUCACCACAGAGGAGUCUGAUUACCUUAUCAACGGCAUGUAUCUGUAGCCACUUCAGCAGAGGCAGCAAAUACAGCACACUCAAGAAACCUGGGAUGUGGGAAGCUUCUGAUGUCCAAGAGGAAGCGAGGGCGUCGUCACCACAGCCUGAGCGAUAGCUCUGCAAGUUUGAGCCGUGCUCAUCUUGUAACCCUGGCGUUCGUCUUUAAGACAACAGAGCCCCCACCUCAGGAUGGAAACUUCCCAACUCCCUGCUGUCAUGAACUCUUCUGUACAGCCCCACACUGAACCCCCAAACUCUGCUGCAGGUAGAAGCUGACUCUGAACUACUGAUAUUUGACACUGCAUUGUUAUAGAAAAAAUCUUAUUCUGUAUCCAAGACGAAAGGCAGUCCCUGACUGAUAUGAGAUGUUCUCCUGUCCCUCUCAUAUAAUAUUUAUCAUUUUCCCUCAAAUAUUGGUUGAUUAUCAAAUAAAUUCUUAUUUUUACUUGUGGGUGUAUUUUCUUGACUAGUGCUGCACAGUAAUGUAUUUCUGCCACUGAGUGGCACUGAUGUGCUUAAUUUGUGCCAUACAUUGUCAGUCUAUUACUACAUCAUCUGAAACAAGGAAAUUAAGUUUGUUUCUUGGUACUUUUGAUACAAUCUAAGUGAAUGGACAAAUGAUUUUGUGUCCAGUCUGGAUCGAGCAUCAAGUAAUUCCCCAGAGCCAGUAAACCAUGCCCAGGUGAAAUUAAAAAGAAAAUCCUGCUCCAGCCCAAUGUAUUGCUUAUUUUUCUUUAUUGAGCAAGCCUAUGUGACGUUAUCUAUGUACACACACAACUGUAUUCUUCAAUCUGCUGUCUUUUAUGUGACAUAUUAAAGUUUAUUAUUGGUUAACAGA